AUGGCCGGGCCAGACACGGGCAUUCUCCCUAACCUCCCAGCUACCUCCACUGACGUGGUGGUGACAGGGGACGAUGAGGGGAUCUUUGGAGUUGAGGCAGGAUUUCUUUACGCCUUGAAGCCUCUGGACAGAGAGAAGCAGCCAUCUUACUCUCUGCAGGUGUCCUUCUCAGCAUCCGUGCCGUCUCAGAGCUUUAUGGUAGAAGUAUGCGUCAUUGACAAAAACGACAACGUGCCUGUGUUUAUCGAGGAGAGCAUGAGAGGCAGUGUGCAGCUGGGACUUCUGAAAGGGAUCUCAUUCAUGCAGGUGGGGGCAUCUGACCGUGAUGACCGUAACACAGCCCAUGCUGACCUGCGCUUCAGCCUGAUGGACCAGACCCCCAGGAUCCCCUCCAGUCACAUGUUCUUCAUAGACUCUGUGACCGGCGAGGUGUCUCUCACUGAGGACGGGGCUUCCACCCUGGACCCAGAGAUGUGUGGUCGCUACAAGCUGUCAGUGAUGGUGAAGGACAUGGGGGGGAAACCCAACGCUUUCUUCUCCACAGGCAUCGUGACAGUGGAGGUGACGGGGAACACCUGGGCGUCACCGGACCCUGUUCGCCUCCAGGAGAACCUCCCUGGCCCCUACCCCAUCCCCAUCUCACAGGUAGAACCUCCCUGGCCCCUACCCCAUCCCCAUCCCACAGGUACCUCCCUGGCCCCUACCCCAUCCCAUCUCACAGGUACCUCCCUGGCCCCUACCCCAUCCCCAUCUCACAGGUACCUCCCUGGCCCCAACCCCAUCCCCAUCUCACAGGUGAAGUGGAGUGGAGGUCUGGUAGAGUAUAGCCUGGAGGGGGAAUUCCCAGAGAUGCUGUUCACUGUCAGCAGAGAGGGAGUCAUCUCUCUCAACGCCCCACUAGACAGAGAGACUCAGGACCAGUUUGCCAAGAAGCUAAGCUCCAAAGCUUUCCAGAUCAGCAUCGUGGUGGAGCGUCCGGACGGCAGGGAGAUCGCCAAGCCUGUGGAGCUGAGGGUGAUGGUGGGCGAUGCCAACGACAACAGGCCCACGUUCCCUACCACACAGUACCACACCGUGGUCAAGGAGCUCGCCCCACGGGGGACGGAAAUCCUCACAGUUCAAGCAGCCGACAACGAUGAUCCGAAAACAGAUAACGUGAGGAUCUUCUACCGGCUGGUUGGCCAGAUCCCAGAGAGCCCUCGUGCCUUGUUCCGGGUGGACCGUGACUCUGGGGUCAUCUCAGUGCAGGCAGACAACCUGGAGGGAGCCGCCCCACAGUACACACUGACCAUCACUGCUGAGGACGCUAAAGGCUUAAACAGCUCCUGUACUGUGGUUGUGACAGUGCAGGACGAGAACAACAACCCACCCAUCUUCACUCCACACGAGCAACAUGUGAACGGGUUUGUAGGGAGCUGGCAGGUGAGUGGUGAGACCCAUGGUAUCAGUGACCCUCUAGCCCAGGCAGGCAGAUCAGAGACACAGCCGUUUCAGUGGAGGGCCACAUACGGCCCCUUCCACCUGGCAGAGGAUGCUCCUUUGGGAGCCACGGUAACCGCGGUGUCAGCGUGGGAUGCUGAUGAGAGGGGAGGAGACAGCUGGCAGGUGAAUUACAGGCUGGAGUCUGGCAACGAGGAGGAGGUGUUCACGCUGGUCACAGACAAGCAGACCAAUGAAGUUUCACUCAUCCUCUCCAAGGUGCUGGACUUUGAGCGGGAGAGCGAGUACAUCCUGGUCCUUAGUGCUCAAAACCCAGUGGCCCUGGUACGAGGGAGGUAUGGCCCAGCGUCCACGGCAACCGUCUCCAUCUAUGUGGACGAUAUCAACGAGGGCCCCAUCCUGUCCCAGAGCCACUACGAGGUCACCGUCAGAGAGGGGGAGGAGCCAGGACGGGUUAUUGCCACUAUUCGUGGAUAUGACCCAGACUCACACCCAAUCAGAUACUCGCUCAGAGGAGACACAAAGAGGUAUUUCUCCAUUGGGAAGUACUCAGGUGAGCUGAAGACCGUCCAGGCCUUGGACAGAGAGGAAAACAGCACCUACACUAUGGAGGUCAUGGCUGAAGAUGGACGGAACUCUUCUCUGUCAGCUUCAACACUGGUCACAGUCCAUAUCCUGGAUGUGAAUGACAACAGUCCGGUGUUGGUGGGAGACUACUCCUGGAAGUACCUGUGUACCCCUCGCUGGGAGGACCAGGCCUUGGUGCUGGCAUCCCGCGACAGUGAUGGUCCCCAGCACGGCGGCAGGCUCAACUUCUCCCUCCGCAGUGACGCCACCGUGCGUGGCAACUGGAAACUCACCCCCAUCAAUGACACCCAUACCAACCUGUCCCUGAACAUCCCAUACUUGUCUCCUGAGGUCUACACGGUCCCCUUCACCAUCUCUGACAGCAGCUCUCCUCCCAGGAGCACCUUCAUCAACCUGCCAGUGACGGUGUGCCCAUGCAAUGUGAGAGGAAACUGCAGGACCGCCGCUAAGCAGCUGCAAGGCAUGCCAACCGUCCAGUCCACCGUCGGCAUCCUACUGGGAACCCUGGGGGUCAUAGGAAUCAUUCUAAUCGUUGUGUUUGUGAGGCUGUCCUACCAGAACCCCAAACCGCCGAGCAAAACCAACCAGGAGAGAGAACCCCUGAGGAUCUCACUGUGA